UACAGAAGGGCACAUGGUGGGGCAGGGAGGGAGAGGCCUAGCUCAAGUAAAGCAUCUGGCCCCAUGCUUGGCACAUGCUGGACAAACACUGAUUCUCCUUUUUUUCCUCCAACCUAAUGGACCCUAAUUUAUCCAGCCCAUGGCAUCAGUGGUUUGCUGUGAGCAUGAUUUACUUCUGCUUACCACCUGCCACUUAAACAUACCCUUGACUCCCUUGUAUUCACGCCCUUCUGAUAGCCAAGUUAUACAAUGAUCAGGUGGUAUUCUUAAUACGAAAGACCAUGGAGUCCAAGGAUCCAGCCAAGACAGUAUCAGCCCUUCAAGUGUUCAUGGAUGUGUUCCAGGAAGUGCCUCAGACAGAAAAACUGCAGAGCGAGGUGAUGCAUUCAAUCAUCAACGUGAUUCAGGAGGACUUCAAACCAGUGCGGAAGCCCCUCCUGAACUUCAUUGAGAUGCUGGGCCAACAUAACUACUUUGCCCUGCCCCAGGGGGACAUCAUCAUCAACUACAUCAUCAAGCUCAGUCAGUCUGACUCAAAUGAAGAGGACAUGGGAACAAUGUGUUUCAAAAUCCUAAAGAUGGUAUCCUUGCCCAAACUGAUCACCUUGGCGUGUGAGCCCAGGAACACCUCAGCCUUUGUGCCCCUGUGUAAAAUAGCCACGGAAAUGGCUCUGAAGGCCUGGUUCCUGGGCCAGGUUCCUUACCUCAGCGGCUUUCACCUCAGGCCCACCCAGUUCAUCUCCCCACAGAAACUCAUGACCCAUCUUGUGAUGUUUUCUCGGAAGCCCUACAGAGAAAAAGAGUUUGGUGCAAGCUCCCUAAGGCUACUAUAUACUCUGCAUCCUAUCACCUCCCUGCAUCCUGUUAUCUACUCUAAUGUGGGCCAGCUGUGGAUGAAGGCAAUCCCCCAGAUGUUGCAGAUACUGGAUGAUCACACUGAGAAGAACCUGAAUCAGAAGAAGUGGGAGGGCAGGCUGCUCCAGUUUUCAAGUCAGUCAUUAGUGGCCAUCGAUGAUGACAACUGGCUGGAGCACCUCAUCAGAGUUGUCUUGGAGAAGAUAAGUUAUUUCAGUGAUGAUGGUGAGGAGAAGGCUUUCCUAUAUAAAUUAUUUGGCUUCACUCUGAGGACUUCAAGGAAAGUAAGUCUGGUGAAGAUGAUGCUCUCCUCCAUCUUGCAAACUGCCCAUGAGGAGCUUCAGGAGAGGGAGGGCAUUGCUGUGGCGCUCAGUAUCGUGUCCAUGAAACAUCUAACAACAGUCCUGGACCAGCUGGAAGUUUAUAGUGCUAUACUCACGGACAAGGACUCAUCAUCCAUCCUCCAAUUGAUGAAGGAACAUCAGCAAAGGGAAUGGGGGCUGGUCUGUAACACCAUCUACUUAAGCUAUAGCAAGAUUAUUUUAGAGAGCAAGGGAGCCAUCUUCAUGCAUUUAGAUGCGAUCCUGGCCUUGGUCCUGCAACACUACCACAACUGCAUUGUGGAAAAGGAUAAGAACCUGAAGCUGGAUUACCUGAAUGCCCUGACCACACUGACAAACAUCCUGGGCAGCCAGCGCAAGGCCUUUCAAUUCAAUUUCCCUCACAAACUAGACAUUGUAAACCUCAUGGUGGAGCUAAUCAAGGAGGAGCCACCGAACUUCAUCUCCAGUUCCAUUAGGCAGAUGGCAAUGAAUAUCGUCACAGACUUCAGGAAUCUCAGGCCCCUCUUAGAGAUAGAAGGGAGAACAGAGCUACUGCGAACAUGCUUCAAGGGAGUGCUGUGCCUGCCACCUAGAGACAUUUUGCGUAAGGAGGCUGCCCGUUCCAAGGAGGCCCAGGCCAUUCUGGAAUUCUUUCACGUUCUCUGA